ACACACAGUCGGACAGCCGCGCGCUCAGAGGAACUAGUUCUUGGAGUGGAGAGAGCGCGAGCACUUCAUUACAUCCACCAGCUGGAGGAAAUAUUCACCUGUGCGCUGCCGGGACGAAUUCACAAGGAUUUUUCCAUUAAUUUUAGCAGACUCUGUCUUUAAGGCGCAGUGAGGGGACACUUGACACAAGAAAUCUCUGUUGGACUCCCUCCCUGUCCUGUAGUCAAACAAGUUUAUUUCGCCUUGAGUGAGUGCGCUUCUACACAGAAACUAAACCGCGUCUGAAGGUUUCCAUUUGUACAUCUCUCCCGGAGAGACUGCGUGCCUGGUGUCAUAAAGGGGACCGUAAUCGACCAUGGCGAGACAUGACGCCCGAAAUUGGCAUGACUGCUCAAAAAUGAUCGGACUGCUCUGCUUGGUCGCUUCGAUACUUCUUCAACACGGAGCAUCAGGUCAGCGGGUAAAGGUGGAGCCUGAGGUGUCCUCAUAUCCCGGCCAAACGGUCAAGCUGCGCUGUGAAUUCACCGAUGCCACUGGGAUUCAGCUCACAAUGGUCACGUGGAUCUACGAGCCAAAGGACGCAGAAAGGAUCAACAUUGCUGUGUUUCACCCCAACUUUGAUCCCAACUACCCUGACUCGCCUGUGAAGGGCAGAGUCAGCUUCAUGGCCAGUCCACCAACACUGGGCAGUCCUUCCAUCCAGAUAAGUGAUGUUAGGAUGACCGAUGAGGGGAAGUACAUCUGCGAGUAUGCUACCUACCCCAGUGGCAAUGAGCAAGGCAUCACACAACUUGUCAUGCUGGCUAAGCCUCAGAACUCGGCCUCCGUCGUGACAGUGGAAGCGGGCACUAAGCCGGUCGCCGUGGCACGCUGUGAGUCUUUGGAUGGUCGCCCCGCUGCUCAGAUCAAUUGGGUGACCACAGCCAAUGGCAAUGCGACGACAGUGUCUAAGCCGGGUACUGACAACACUGUGACCGUGACCAGCGAGUACCGCAUGGUUCCCACAGCGGCAGACAACGGGAAAGACAUUAGCUGCGUGGUGAAGCACAGAACCCAAGUCAAACCAGAGAGCUUCCCGAUGAAGCUAGCAGUACAGUACCCCCCUCAGGUGACAAUAGUGGGUUACGACAAUAAUUGGUACGUGGGUCGUACAAAUGUGGUGCUAAUCUGUGAUGCUACCGCAAACCCUGUUCCGCUGACCACCCAGUGGAAGACGAUGUCAGGAGAGAAGCCAGACACAGUGCAGAUCACAGGCAAAGAGCUGAAGGUGCUGAAGGUGGACGAUGCUGUCAACACCACUUUUGUUUGUGAGGUCAAGAACCGCAUCGGGGUCGGCAGAGACCAGGUCACAGUCUUUGUAAGAGAGCCCUCAGUGAACCCAUCCAAUGCCGGCGUGGUGGCAGGAGCUGUGAUUGGCUCCCUGCUGGCCCUCCUCUUGGUUGCCGCUCUCAUCGCUGUGCUCGUCACCCGUAGCCGCAGGCAACAGCAGGGUUACCGCGCCAAUGGCGGCAGUGACAUGAAGACACGCAUAUUUGGGGGCGGCAAGAAGGCCAGCAAGAACGGCACAGGCGGAGGAACAGGUAGUGGUGGCGUCGGAGGUGGUAACAACAACGGGCCCAUCUACGUUUACAACGAGAGCUCGUCCCAUCAGGGCCUCGCAGAGAAAAACAACCACCACCAGCCGCUCACCAUGGGGGGCCGGCCCGAAGUUGUUGCCACGACACCCACUGCCCAAGAUAUCCUGCUGAGCAAUGAAUUAGACGACGCAGAGAGGAGGAAGUUUGAUGAGCUGGAGGAGGAGGAAAGGUAUGACCAUUUCAGUGGAGGGGCCCCCAUCCUUCAGCUUCGCCCACCGCAUGACCAGGACGAUAUGAUUGGAGGUUACCUGGAUGAUGACAUGGAGUCCCAGGGGGAUGGCUCUGUCAUCUCACGGACUGCUGUUUACGUAUAGAGGAGAAGAGGAAAGGAGGAGGAGAAGAAAAAAGGAGAGAUGGAGGAUUCCUCCUGAGGAUUUUGUGGCUCCAGGGGUCUCGUCCCUUUCUGAUAGAGAAGAGAAAAUGCUACCACUUUUAUUUUUGAAAAUUGAUUUUAAACAUAGUCUAUUAUUAAUCACAGUGCAGCCCCAGAAAUGGACUGAGGAGGGACAUUCUGAAAGGAGCGUUGCUGUUAUCUGGUCCCUAAGAAGUGAAAAUCAAACAGAGAAAAGAAACAACCUGCCUCCCACUGCUUCUGCUCAUGCUAUCGCUAUCACUGGGACCUUGACAAGGACUCUUGACAGACAGACUAAAAGAGAGAAACUAUGUAGUGUGGGAGUAGGAUAAUGGAAUCAUGAUACAAGCUUGGCUAUAGAGGAGGCAACUCACUUGCAUAUUCACUCUUAUCUUCACCAAAACAGUAGAAGUGGAAGGGGUUGUCAAGCAGUUGCGUGUUGCCUGCUAUUCUCAGUCCUCCUGUAGGAAAUCUUUUGUUUUGGUAAUACGUUGCGCUGUGACAGCUGGUGGGUAGUUAGUAGCUAGUGAUGGGUUGGGAGGAAGACAUUUGAAAGUAUAGACAGUAGCCAUCAGGUGAUUUAGAGAAGAGAACAGUGUGUUUGCUCAAGUCUACUGGUGAGCUUUUAUUCUGGCUGCUCAAGUCUACUGGCGGGCUUUCAUUCUGGCUCUCUCUGCCAUCCUCUCGAACUUCUCUGCAAAUUUAUCAGCGACGCUUGAAUCUACAAAAUUUAAAAGAACAUUAGGUCCUCGUGUGCUGCACAAGCACAAGAGCAGCCAAAUCUAUCAAAGUAAGUUUGCAGGAGAGUUCGAGCUCAGCUCUUAACAAGGUAUUCACAUGCAAACUUUUGUACAGUGCCUGGAGGUAAGAGACGAUAAACAAGAGAUGAGGGAAUGAGGUGUAGCCGAUCUGACAGGGUCAAGGGAUGGAGAGAGGGAUGCAGGAGGUGGAAGGACUAGAGAGGAGCACGUCUCUUCUUUUCUCUUCCUCCUCAUCCGCGUCUCUUCAGAGCGCUCCUGACAGGAGGAGCUUGAUUGGUAAUGAGCCGUGAAGUCGCUCGCUUAGCCGGGACCAACAGAUUGCCACCACUUAUCGUUUAUGACGUGGCGAUUUCUCCCCCUCCCACCUCUAUCUCUCUAUCAUCCCUCAGUCUCUCUCCCUCUCUCUCUUCAUCCCCCUCUCCCAGUGUUUAUGGGGAGUUUAUGAUUUAUCCGGUGGUGUCGAGGUCAGGGCCACAGAGAGCAGAGGAGUAUUUUACUGCUCCUGAUGUGUCAAACGCCCCACUUACUCUAUUCCAGCCCGGCCUGCCCUGACAUGCUAGGACUGACUAAUCCACCUGGAGUAGCCAUGUUCACUCCAUCCCAGCGCACGGACUCUACUGCCUCCUCCCACACUUCAGUAAAUGGCCGGAUGUAACAGAACCCCACCCGGAAAGUACUACGGCGUUAGGUUAGAUAGAUUUUCAAUAACAUCAUGUAAUAUUUCUUUCCAUUAGCGGAUGUUGUUAAAUGUAGUGAAUUGAUCGGGAGACAUAAAAGGUUGCGUCCACAGCGAAGCAAUGGGAGUCAUAUUGACUAACAGGCAACAAGCAGUGAAAUGGCCCUUUAUGAUGCAGCUUCAGGGCUGAUUGUCUCCUGACUGUUAAUUUAUCCUUCUAACGAGCCACCGGAGGCCCACUCAGGCAAAUGUUGCUCUGUGGCUACUGCAUGCUGCUGUCUUUGAGGCUCAGUUGUGUACAUCUGCAUGCGUCACUGUAUCUAUGUAGCCACUGGAUGACUGUGAUGGACAAUCUUGGAGAGAAGCUCUACAGUAGCUCCUCUAAUCAUGCUUUUCCCUGCCUUGUAAUCUUCUACCCUUUGACCCACUGGGAAUCUGUUGAGUGCGGCUCUCGAUGACUGUACUGCCCUCUUGCAAGGCCUGGCAAAGAUCUGGGUUGCAGUACGCUGCAGGUCAUAAGGUCAAAUGCAGGGUGACCUAUUGCUAAGAGCAAGGAAGGCUGCCUGCAAUUCCUAUCACAGUUGUUUUUUAACCUUGAGCUAUGGAGGUGAGAAACACUCAGUGCAAGUAUCUGCACAGGGUGAUGCAGUCCUAGUUUGCCAUUUUGAUGGCUGUUAACAUUCAGAGAGGCGGAGAGAGAACAGGAGAGGGACACAAGAGGCAUGUGACAAAAACAGAGACAGUGUUUGAGCACCAUCUAGCAUAUUGUAAGCCAGCGUGUUCAAUGGGAUUAUCAUCUAAUGGCCUUAGCUUCUACAUAAAUGCAACUCCUGUCAACCUGGGGUACAGUGAAUUUACGCAACACAGCUGAUUUGUCACAACCACUCAAAAAUUUAAAAAAAAAAAUGUAUUACUUAUUUUUGCACUUGUGUGUGUGUCACUGCUACAAAGAGAAAUAUGAGUGUAAUACGUGGUUUGGGGGGUCAAAAUAGCGAUAAGGGACAAAACUGUUGUAUGUACAUUUUGGUGUGAGGUAUCUGUGUACUAUAUAUGUAAGCAUCUUUAUUUUUCUUGUGAAAAUGUGGAUAUUUAUGAAAAUGUAAAUAUCAGAUUGAU